GGUUCUGUCCCUGUAGUGGUGCCAGCAUCUCCAAAAAAUCUCUUUCUGAGGUUUUGAUAGAGUUGACAACGGAGUAUAAAAUGGGGGAGAUCUGCCUCACCUACCCCACAAAUACAAAAUGUCUUGGAACAUUUCUGUAUCUCCCAUCUAAGACUGACGUAGGCAUUGUUUGAAAACGGAGAGCUAUAAAUGCAGUUUUCAGGGAGGCAAAGGGUCCAUCGCUAUGGAGCCUGUGAGCAUCGAUAACUUGUCCAUUCUGUACCAAAGUGCGGACUUCAUUGUGGUUAACAAACACUGGGAUGUCCGCAUUGACAGCAAAAUGUGGUAUGAAAAGCUCACCCUGCAGAGCCAGUUGAAAUAUCGGUUCCCUGAGCUUGCAGACCCAGACACAUACUAUGGCUUCCGGUUUUGCCACCAGCUGGAUUUCUCCACCAGUGGGGCCCUUUGCGUGGCACUCAACAAGGCAGCCGCUGGAAGUGCCUACAAAUGCUUCAAGGAACGGAUGGUGACCAAGGCCUACCUUGCGCUGGUGAGGGGCCACAUCCAAGAGGCGAGGAUGACGAUCCACUACGCCAUCGGGAAGAACACGACAGAAGGCUUGACACACAUGAUGUGCACUGAAGGGACGGAGGGUUGUGAAAACCCCAAACCUUGUCAGUCGGAGCUAACAGUGCUUGAACAUGGCCUUUACAGUGGUGAUCCAGCGACGAAAGUGCUUCUGCAGCCCCUCACAGGAAGAACCCACCAGCUCCGCGUCCACUGCAGCGCCAUCGGGCACCCGGUGGUGGGCGACUUCACGUACAGCUUCAAGAAGGACAGCGGCCCUUACCGCAUGAUGCUCCACGCCUACUACUUGCGCAUCCCGACCAGCAAGGAGCUUAUUGAGGUGAUCGCGCCCGACCCUUUCGUCCCCACAGUGGACAGCAACUGGGCCCCUCAGCAUGCCACGCACCAGCUGGAGGAGCUGAUCCAAGAACUGAAGGACCAGAGCGUCCUGGCGGAGGAAGGCCGUCAGGGGAAUCUGCUUGGGAGCCCAAGCCCUGAGGUCCCGCCGGAAGCCAAGAGCCCUGAGGUAGAGGAGCAGGAGCAGCGAGGGAAAUGUGAGCAGUGGCUGGCCGAGUGGGCCCUGGAGUGAGAUGGCCCACGGAUCCCUCGUGGUUGGGAAACCCCAAAUCUUUGUACCUUGUCACUACCGCUGAUUGCUGCCAGAAGCUUUCCCAGGCCUGACUCCCAACACCUGUCGUCUUGUUCACUCCCAACAUUCCUCGGAAAUGCCUCUGUGAGGGUCGCGUUCCCAAACUGGAAUUUUGACUGUGUGCUUGAUCGGCUUUUUAACCCCGUGCCCUCAAGUUUUAGUCGCCGGAUGUGGAAGAUCACGGACUGUGGUCAGACAGGCCAGGUUUGUGCCCUGAUACUGACACUCUUAAGCCAUUGGAUUAACGCAGUUGGGGGCACUGUCUCUCAGGGUGAUGUCCAGUUAAGUCAUACUUAGAGUAGACCCAUUGAAAUCAGUAGCCUUAAAAUUGCUCAUCAGUAAUACUAGACAUUUUAUUUGUUCCUAUAUAAGCCAUACUAGAGGCUUUUAGAGAUGAGCCACAUAGUUGGCUCUGAAUUUCCUAGCAGCCAGUGCAAAUAGAGAGGCACACAAGAUAACAGAAUUUGAUUGAUUGAUUGCGUCAGAUCCCACCUUUUUCUCCAAGGAGCUCAAAGUGACAUAUAUGUGCAUGGUCCUUUCCCAUCUCAUUUAAUCCCCACAACAACCCUGUGAGGUAGGUUUGGCUGAGAGGCAGUGACUGGCCCAGUGUCACCCAGUGAGCUUUAUGGCCGAGUGAGCACUUGAACCCUGGUCUCCCAGGUCAUAGUCUGACACUUUAACCCAGGGGUUCCCCAACUUGGGUCUCCACCUGUUUUAAGACCAAAACUUCCAUCGUUCCUAGCUAACAGGACCAGUGGUCGGGGUUUGAUGGUAGUCAAGAAACAGCUGGAGACCCAAGUUUGGGAAACUCUUCUCUAACCGCUUUGCCACGCUGGCCGAUUUUCCUUGUCCCACAGCGAAAAGCACACAAACUCACGUGAUGAAAAAAAAAAAAAUAACAUUGUGGCUAAACUCAGACAGGUACUUUACAUGAGGAUAUUUGUCUAGGGAUGUCCAACUCCCAAGAGACUGCGAUUUACUCCCAGCACAAAAAGCGGCAGUGAUCUAACCCUUUUUAGGGGUUCAGGUCAAAGUUGAACUUUUUUUAGGAGUUCAGGUCAAAGUUGUUGAGUUUUUCUUAGGGGGCAAGGUUGGUGUUGAGAUUAUUUGGGGGAGGGCGCAGAGGUGAUUAUUUUAAGGCAGAAUCGCCGAAAAACGCUCACCCUAACAAAAGCUGGGCAGUGCUAACUUUGAAUUCCAGUUUAGCGAUCCUGCAUGAUUGAAGG